GCGCGCGCGCGCGCGCACACACACACACACACACACACACACACUCCACUGGGAGCCAGAUUUCCUUUUGGACUGACCUCCAUAGCCCUGUCAUGGAGGCUGUAUACCUGGUGGUGAAUGGGGUCGGCCUGGUCCUCGACGUCCUGACUUUGGUGUUGGACCUCAACUUCCUGCUGGUGUCCUCCCUCCUGGCUUCCUUGGCCUGGCUCCUGGCAUUCAUCUACAACCUGCCACACACGGUACUGACUAGUAUUUUGCAUUUGGGCCGUGGACUCCUGCUUUCACUACUGGCCAUGAUCGAAGCGUUGGUUCGAUUCACCUUUGGGGGAUUGCAGGCCAUGUGUACCCUACUAUAUAGUUGCUACUCUGGUCUGGAGAGCCUAAAGCUCCUGGGACACCUGGCCUCUCAUGGGGCACUACGGAGCCGGGAGAUAUUGCACCGGGGUGUCUUCAGUGUGCUUUCCAAUGGCCAUGCUUUGCUACGCCAGUUCUGUGACAUCUGUGCCAUUGCCAUGAGCCUGGUGGCCUAUGUGAUCAACAGUGCAGUGAAUAUCUGCCUCAUUGGCACCCAGAACCUCUUCUCUCUAUUGCUGGUCCUAUGGGAUGCAGUGAUGGGACCAUUGUGUAGGAUGACAGAUGUGGUGGCUGCCUUCCUAGCCCACAUUUCCAGCAGUGCUGUGGCCAUGGCCAUCCUCCUCUGGAGUCCCUGUCAGCUAGUGCUAGAGCUCCUGGCCUCUGGUGCACGCCUCCUGGCCAGCUUUGCGCUUGUGAAUCUCACUGGCCUAGUGCUGCUAGUUUGUGUGCUGGCAGUGACAGUGAUUGUCUUGCACCCAGACCUUAUCCUGAGACUUGCCACACGGGCUUUGGGUCAGCUCCAUGCCCUGCCAUCCUACCACAGGCUCCGAGAGGAUGUUGUACGGCUCUCUCACCUGGCGCUGGACUUGGAGGCCUGGCGCCGUGUCUGGAGCCGCAGCCUGCAGCUAGCAAACUGGCAGAACAGAGGAGGGGCACCUGGGGCCCCCCAAGGUGGCUCUAGACGUGUGCUCUUGGCCAGGACCUGGCGACAGGAUGCUCUUCCGGAAGCAGAACCCAGAUUAGAGACGGAGGAGGAGGCUAGGACGGCCAGAGCAACAUCUGCCCGAGGUCGGGAGAGGCUCAAUGAGGAGGAGCCUAUUGCUGGGCAAGACCCAUGGAAGUUGCUGAAGGAGCAAGAGGAGCGGAAGAAGUGUGUUAUCUGUCAAGACCAGAGCAAGACGGUGCUGCUUUUGCCCUGUAGACACCUGUGCUUGUGCCAGGCCUGCACUGAAAUCCUGAUGCGUCACCCCAUCUACCACCGCAAUUGCCCUCUUUGCCGCCAGGGCAUCCUGCAGACACUCAAUGUCUACCUCUGAAGACUCCCUGCCUGCCUGCUCUUCCACACUUCAUGCAGCCACCUGUGCUAGGACAGCAUUAACAUCAUCUCACUGGGUUCUGGACUGAAUUGUUUCCUGUCCCCGAGGCUGCCAUGCCACACCUUCAAGCCAGCGAGAUGGGGAAUUCUGAAAGACUGUGACCCAGACGGGACCAGGGAAACAAGCUUCUCCUUUCCCAGUGGGUCCCCAUGAUGCAAGGGUGGUAAGUGUGUCACUAUGCAAGACCCUGAGACUGUUCACUGUGGACAGCUUUCAGCCUGCCAGGGCCCAACUUGAUGCCAAUCUCAGGUCCUGCUUUCUGCUUCUGGUUUGUCUUUUGGGACUUUGCAGGGCCUCUCCCCAGCUUCUGCAACCAUUACACAAAAGUGUCAUUUGGUAAUUUGGGCAACUCAGUCAUCUUGAAAUGAUCUUGAUCCUCAGUUUUCAGCCAGAGCUCUUGUGUCCUGGAAGGUUCUGGGGGGUAUAGGCACCACUCUUGCGUGUCUGUAGACCUACCACUUCUGACUGGUUAUGAUCUUGUGGGACUACUUACCAACCUGAUCCAAUAGCUGGGAUCAAGAGUUUACCCCUGUGUUGGGGCAGGUGUGGGCAUCUGCUCUUGCCUUUGGGACCAUGGACCCUCUGGUUCCCCAGUUUACUGGGAGCCUCUGUAGGGAUAAUCAGAUUUCUACUUAUUCCCCUCUCACUUCCCACUCCAAAGUAAAAUGGCAUUUCCCUUCCAUUGUGUCUCUCCAGAACUGGGGAGUGAAGAUGGUCCACAUUCCACUAGGGUCCAAACACCUGGAGCCAGGGCCUAGGGGCAGUUAGCUUCUUAAGAAGCCAGCCAGUCUCCAGUGAAUAAAGUUCUGUUGACAGCUC